AAUCUCCUGCUCCAAAACGGCACCAUGCGCCUCCCCUGUGUGGGUUUGGAAUAAUCACCGGGAAGCAGUUUGUACUCAAACUAUAUUAAAUUAUGACAACGCCUGACCAUCUUGCAACUCCCACGCUAAGAUUUGACUUUUUCUUGUCGCCUUUAUGGAUACUGGCUGCCGCUGUUACCGGCCUGUAAUGACGCUUUGCAACUACACAGAUGGACUAAUACAUCAAGCAACACAAGAAUGAAGCUGUAAAUUGGAGAAACUGGAAUGAUAUACUUGCAUCCUGCUGGAGCUAUUUUUUGAUAUGGGCGUUCAUGGAUAAAAGGAUUUUAUUUGAAGUUGAAUGAUGGCAUCACAUUGGGUUCAUUCUGAAGAUGAUGGGAGACAACCAGCAAGAUCUUCUUUCUGUGAGAAUGAAUCUCCAGAUUGGAGGAACUCGGCUGAUUCCCCUGCAGCGCAAUACUCGACAGACGAGGAGGCGUUCUCGUGGCCGAGACCUAAGACCGUGUGUCUGCGGCGCACCUCCCAUGGAUUCGGCUUCACCCUGCGUCACUUCAUCGUGUACCCACCGGAGUCCACGGUGCAUUUUCCGGAGGAAGAUCAUGGCCGCAGAGGGAGACAACGGAAUAGGUUAGAACCAAUGGACACCAUUUUCGUGAAGCAAGUCAAAGAAGGUGGCCCUGCUCAUGGAGCUGGGCUUUGCACAGGUGAUCGAUUAGUGAAGGUGAAUGGAGCAAGCAUCAUUGGGAAGGCUUAUUGUGAGGUUAUAUCCUUGAUCCAAGACAGUGGUGACUUUCUUGAACUUUGUGUGAUGCCAAAAGAUGAGGAUAUACUUCAACUGGCCUACUCCCAGGAUGCCUACAUCCGUGGACGCAGCAGCUACAGUGGAAAUGCCUGUCACAUUCCUGACCCACCCCUAGUAUGCUACCCCAGAGUAGACUGUAAGCCUACGGGCAUGGCCCAGGCAACAGACUCAGCAGGGCAGGUCUGCCGAGGGCCAAUAGCACCCACGGACCAUGGGUACCGCAAGGAGAUCACCGUGCCCCCAUCUCCUCCUCCUCAAUCGUACCCAAAAAGCCAGAUGGCAGUGUGCAUGCGCAAUGACAGCGUGAGAACUGUGGUGGUUCCUCCUGAAGCAGCCCAAAUGGGGCGCAUGGGUCCAGCAAGUAGGAUAGAUUAUAUGGACCCUGUCUUUGUCAGGGGUAGGCCUGGGUCACUGGCCCAGUAUUCUCACCCUCGAAAGGCUGAUGUCUAUCCCAGUGGUCCAGUAAUGGUUCAAUAUGGAGGUCAUGCACCUCACUACCCAGGCAACAAUCAAAACAUUGAUUGGCGCACAUACCAAACGUACAGGGAGUACAUUGACAACAAAGGAAUCCAUUCCCAUGCUAGUCGGACUAUCCAGGAGAGGCUCGACAAUUUGCGAGCAUCCGGUCAGGCCACCUUUGGCCCUACUCAUCACAUUCCCCGGGGGGACUGGGUCCCUAAAGAGAUACGGCGGAGGAGUACCUCCCAUGAACGCUCAUACCAAGGACCUCCACCCCAUUUUCAUGUGGCCCCACGCAGUGCUUCCCAGGACCGCAUGAGCAGUGCAGAGAGAAUGGGCAAUACCAGGAACUGGCCACCUCGAAGCGUUUCCCAAGAUGGCCUUAUGCACAAAGCCCGGGCACGCUCAACAGACUAUGUUGACCCGGCAGAGCUGGUUCGGCCCAAUGAGAGGAGAGCAGGAUACGGAAGGGGGGACCAAGGUACGAGGCCAAGCAGACAGUCUAUCCCCAGACAAGCCAUGCUCUACAGGCCUUCUGCUGGAUACAGCGGUGUCAUGCGGGGGCCACAUAACCCUUCUGUCUACUCUAAAGGACCAGAUUCUCUUCAGACGAGAUCUUCACCCAUGCUCUCAGAAAGAAACUCACAUUUUGGAAAAAGCACCAGUGUUGAACAUUCUCUUGUUGACCAAAGAGUUGCAGUCAAAGGAAAUCAUUGCGCCCACCCAACCCAACGAGGCCUGAGUAGGAUCGGGGCUGAUAUGAUGCAGGCAGUUGAGGCUGGCAGAGACGCAGCAUUAGUCGGACAAAGGUCUUCUUCAUGUUCCACACCAAAACAGAUGCGUCAGAGACCUAGCAUCCUCAAGCCACCCCACCCAGACUCCCAGAGCCAGGUCAACGGGCGGAGCCCCACAGACACUGGCGUCGUCCUAAGGGAGAAACCUCCGGCUGGAAAGAACCCCAGCCCUCUGCGGCACCCCUCCUACAUCCUGGCUGUAAACGACGACGGACCAGACUCCACAGCAGAUGUGGCGGCAUGCUGGCUUCCAAACGAUGCACGUCGAGAGUUGCGGAUGCGCCGCCUCGAGGAACAGUGCCACACCUCCUGCUCCAGCAACCUGGAUGAGUCUCUGGACUCCAUUCCAUUCAUCGAUGAGCCAAUCAGCCCCAGUGUGGACCGGGAGGCCGCUCCCAUUCCACCCUCCGCUGUGAUAUCUGUUGCACAAUCCAUAACUACAGGCCCCUCUUCUCCAGACUCACCAUGCCCUCCUAUUCGCCGACAGCUGUCACAUGACCAAGAGUCCCUGAGAAGUGCUUUACUGGAGUCUGAUACAGCCAGUAAAACAGAGCGGUCCAAAUCCUACGAUGAGGGUCUGGACACCUACCAGGACGAGGGCAGAAGGAGAUCUUCCAGUAAGAAUAUGCCAAGUUUUAGGGGCCUGAGGAAGGCUCUGGACGGUAAUAAAUCUUCUGAUUCUGGAUCUCGAAGGGAUUCGUCCGCUGAUAUCUUUGUUGAUUCCACAAGAGAAGGGUUCCUCAAUUUCAGGCAACUUAGUACAGAUAAAAAUAAGCGUGUUGGUGGAGGAAUGAGAUCAUGGAAGCCGAUGUAUGGUGUUUUGAAAGGUUACAUCCUAACCCUCUACAAGGACAGGAAGGAUGCACAGUCUCAUGCUUCGACGCCAUCGGACGAGGAACCACUGCGAAUCAGCAUCAAGGCCUGUCUGAUUGACAUCUCCUACAGCGACACACGACGCAAGAAUGUGCUGCGACUCACCACCUCGGACUGCGAGUAUUUGUUCCAGGCAGAGGGAAGAGACGACAUGCUGCACUGGAUCAGAGUCAUUCAGGAAAACAGUAACCCCGAUGAAGAGAAUGCUGCUGUAACAAGUCAGGACCUGAUCAGUCGAAAGAUCAAAGAAUACAACAUGAUGAGUACGCCCAGCAGCAGAUCUGAACCUUCUCCAAAAUCCUCCCGCCAGUCCCUGAGUAUCAAACAAGCCUUCCUGGGGGGUAAAGAAGGCAAGAGCCACAGCCCUCAUUCGCCUAGAACAGGAGACGAUCGAAGGGCGCUGAAAGAAGACUCCAGUCCAACACGGGACAGGGCUGCUUGGAAAAUUGGCAUUGCAGGAAUCAUGAGGAAACCCUUUGAAAAGAAGACUCCAGCUGGGGUCACGUUUGGGGUGCGGCUUGAUGACUGUCCAGCUGCACUUUCGAACAGGUUUGUUCCUCUGAUCGUGGAGGUGUGCUGUAACGUGGUGGAGGAGAGAGGUCUGGAGUACACAGGGAUCUACAGAGUGCCUGGGAACAACGCUGCCAUCUCCAGCAUGCAGGAGGAGCUCAACAGCAAAGGCAUGAACGACAUUGACGUCCAGGAAGACAAAUGGCGGGACCUCAAUGUCAUCAGUAGUUUACUUAAGUCCUUUUUCCGGAAACUUCCAGAACCUAUGUUUACAAAUGAAAAGUAUGGAGAUUUUAUUGAAGCCAACAGAACAGAAGAGACAGUGGAGAGAUUAAAGGAGCUCAAGAGGCUGAUACAAGAAUUACCUGAUCAUCACUAUGAAACUCUGAAAUACCUUUGUGCUCACCUCAGGAAGGUUUCUGACAACUGUGAAAUGAACAAGAUGGAGCCUCGUAACUUGGCGAUAGUGUUUGGUCCUACGCUGGUCAGGACGUCUGAGGACAACAUGACCAACAUGGUCAAUCACAUGCCGGACCAGUGCAAGAUAGUUGAGAACCUCAUCCAGCAGUACGAGUGGUUCUUCACUGACGACGGGGACGAGGACCCUGUGACCACAGCUGAGCAGGAGAGCACGGUGCAGUCUCAGCCCGUGCCCAACAUCGACCACCUGCUCUGUAACAUCGGCCGCACGUCAGCGUCACCGGGCGAAGUCUCGGAUUCAGCAUGUAGUGACUCCUCUAAAUCAAAGCAGGGCUUGUGGGGGUCAGGGAAGGAUCAGUGUAGCAAAGAGAUGCUGCGCUCCUCCUUCUUCGCCAGCCGCAAACGAAAGAAGCCCAAGGACAAAGCUCAAUUCAGCAGUUCAGACGACGACCUGGACGCUGUGUUCCCCAAGAAGGAGCUCCCGGGGGAGAGCCAGCAGCAGCCUCUCUGGUCCCCUGGCAGCCGGACGGGGGAGGAGGAGGAGGGGGAGGGGGAGACGGAUGAAGCCAGUGAGAAGGAAAAGCUCAGGAGCAGCUCGGAGGAACAGCUUGACAAAAGCAACGUGAAAGAAUCUCCUUCUAGCCGCCGGAUAUCGCAGCCCUCUCCCUCGCUGCCUCCAAAACACGUCUCCUCCACCCUCCACAUCAGCUCCCCCUACGCCUCACCCCCCCAUUCCCCGAACCUCAGCUAUCGCAUGCCGAUGGCUCACCAGUCCUCUCUGUCGGACGCGCCUUCCAACUACGACGACACGGUGUCCGACCUCGGUACGAUGAACAGCACCAGCUCCCAGGCCUCGGUGCCCAGAAUGAGGCGAGCGAGGGCGGCCGCUCCGGGUCCGGAGGCGUGCCCCAGCGGGCUCGGAGCGGAGGUCUGCUCCAUCACCUCGGAUUACUCCACCACCUCCUCCAUGACCUUCCUGACGGGAGCUGAGCUCAGCACCCUCAGCCCAGAGGUGCAGUCCGUGGCGGAAAGCCGGGGCGGAGACGACGACGCCGACGACGAGAGGAGCGAGCUCAUCAGCGAGGGGCGGCCGAUGGAGACGGACAGCGAGAGCGACCUGUCGGUGUUCACAGUCGGAAGAUCGGAACGCCGAGAGCAGCAGGAAGCUCCUCGACCGCUCCCCUCCCACAGACUCAUCGAGUGCGACACGCUCUCCAGAAAGAAAGCCGCUCAACAGAAAACCGUCAGCGAGUCGUCACUGGACGGAGCCUGGAGCGAUAAAGAUUCCAACAGGCUGUCGUGUGUGAUGGGGUCGGGCAACGGUCGCUCCACAGGCAGCCUCAGCUCCUCGUCUCGGAGCGAGUUAGACAAGGCAGAGCCGGCGUGGAAGCUGAAGAUCACCGACAGGCUGAAGGUGCGUCUGAGGUUGUCUGUGGAUGACAUGUUCGGCGUGGGCAGCGUGAGGAGCCGCUCCCCCGAGGGCCGCAGCAAGAAGAAGAACAUCCGGCGCAGACACACCAUGGGCGGUCAGAGGGACUUUGAAGAGCUGUCAGUUUUGGGAGGCUGGUCGCACGUUGGCAUCGGCUCUCGCUCGGAGCUGUCGGCUGUGGACCAGCUGAAGCCGAAGUGCAGCUCUCAGGACUUCUCCAUUCGAGACUGGAUUGUGCGUGAGCGCCACCGCACCAGCAACCCCGAGGUCAGCCUGGACCUCUCCGACCAGCAGGGGGGGCUGUGCCGAGCAAACUCCCAGAACCUCGGAGCCUCGUCCUCCUCUGAACUCCCACCUCGUCCCGCUGAGGUGUUGAACGGGGGGGACGCCCCCCUGAGUAAAAAUCUGAGCCUCUCGGCCACCGCUCACCCGCAUAAACUCACAAAUUCCCAGGUGGUCCAUUCACGUUUCUACCAGUACCUGUGAUGAGUGUUGGACGCGUGUGACUGUGUUUGUUCUCCGUCUGUGAGAUGUGUACGUACUUGGGAGUCUGACAGUAUAAUGUCUGUUGUGUGACCAACGUUAGUGAAUGAGCAUGUUGUACAAAAUUGUCCAGAGUGUGUGUAUGUGUGUGUCUUUAACUGUUGUGUGUGCUUGUGAAAAGAGAAUUACUGCACACAGGGAUCGUUGACCUUGCUCAUGUAUAAGGCAUGAAACAAAAUGGUGUUUAUACAUUUUUUAAUUUCUCUUUUAUUAUUUUUUUUGUUUGACAAAUGACUUUGGGAUGGCGCAGCAGGGGGACAUCUUCUCCUAAAACAAAUCCCUGUUAUGCUGAAGAUCGAGAGGACCUGUCGCUCGUGAAGCAAUGAGCCUGUGAAGUUUGUGCAAGGAAGUGUGAACAGUGACACGAGUUAAGAUUGUUUAAAGGUUUAGCUAAGUGGCUUUAAGGAUAAACUGACUUUUAGAAUGAAUAGGAAGUAGUAAAAAGAGUUUUUAGUAUUGCAGAGGAACUAUUUUUGUGUAAAGAAAGUUAUGAUGUUCAGAGUCAGAGAGUCUCUCAGUAACCAAAUGAAGAAUGUACAGACAUGCUUGCUGUAAUACUGACUAAAAGCUUUAGAUGCUUGUGUUUCACUCUAAAGCGUACAUAUUCCUAUUUUUCUGUGUACUUGAAUAGUGUUUUUUUGGUACAGCCCGUGUGGGACUGCCUACAAGCUCUCCGCUGUCAAAGGGGGCCUCUCCAAAGGUACAGAGGUGACGAGGAGACACUGGACUUAUGCAAACGGAAAAUAGAGUUCUUAUUAAUUAUCCCAGUUAUGUGGUUUAAAGAGCAGUGAACAACAUCCCUCUGAUGCAACUGUAAUGCUGUGUUUUUAGUGUUCGUGCUUCACACAUCUGUCAGUGGCUGGCGGUAGAUUGCAAAGUGGAAAAAAAAAGUUAAAAGAAAAUGGGUAUUCAAAUCUGAAAAUCAUGUUUUUUUCACAAUAGGAAGUGCCUCACAAUGAAUUGUUAAGGGUGCCAUACUGUCUUUGUUGAGAUACACGAAGAUGUUACUGUGAAUGACAUUUUUACUGUCGACUCUGUCAUUCUAAGGGUUAUGUAACAAAAUGCCGAUCUUCCAUUACUUAGGCAUUCCACUCCGGUCUUAACAUGUUUUAUACUUCUUUUUUUCUCUCCUGUUUUUCAUAUUUUGAUUUUAACAGAACUUGAAUUUUAAAUAUUCCUUGUAAAAUAAGUAACUUAAAUGUACAUAUACAUGCCAUGUUUUAGCUGCUUUACUUUUCAUUUCUAUCAGAUUGCAGGAUUUAAGUUCAGUAUUGUGAGACGACGAUGAUGAUGAUGAUGAUGAUGAUGAUGAUGAUGCUCAUGAGGCCUGUUCGGGUGUUGUGGGCAGUUUGGUACUUCUCUGAGGAAAGAGGCAUGAGGAAACUCUUCAUCGUGCUGGACUGUGUGUACCACCGCUGUGUCCUCUGAUUGUUAGAGGGGUUCGGACAGACUCCUGAAACACUGGAAAUAAAUUUUGUCAAUGGCA